GCGAGGUCUAUUCCCCGCGCGGGAAGAUGGCGGCCGGUCGGGUUGUUGCGCUCUAUGAACGGCUGAAGGAACUGGGCUGCCCUGCACUAGAGGGUGUCUACCUGACAGAGGCCGAAGACAUAGAGAAAUUACUAUUCAGCCCUUCGUCCCAUCGUUUGGACAUACUGGAAUGGAUCUGUGUCAGUGUGUACCCACCUCUUCGAGAGCAGUUUUCAUCUCUCAAUAAAGAAUCACAAUCAGGUUUAAAGAUAAAAGGAAUGGCGAAGCUGGGGUAUGAUCUGAUGCUUUGUCAAGCUGAUAAUCUGGAUCUCAUCAAGGGGAAGGCCUGUGCUCAGAAGCAGCUCCGCUUCCUGGAACAGCUGAUGGCUGUGAUUCCACCUCAAAAUAACCUCAUGCUAUCAAACUCUAUAUCAGACUCCGGUAGUUAUUCCAGCACAGAGGAAUCUUUCCAAGAAAUAGCUAGGAAGAAUGAAGAGUUCAUGAAGCAGGUUUUCUCUAGCUCUGAUCUGCAGGCAGUGUUGAACCCAGAGUGUCAUCCCUGGAGCUCAGAUAUAAAGCCCCUCCUUUUGGGUGAAGAAGGACAGCAGAAAGGGGCCCUGUUCAUGACUUCUCAUGAGCAAACUCUCUUGGAGGCAUCAGAGGAGCUGGAGAAGACAGCAACAGCCUUGGAAAAUCUGAGAGCACAGUGUUCCUUCCUGCAGGGGAGCCCCGCUGGUGUCGAUGCAUUCUGUAACAGUGCCACAGCUCUUCAGUCCCUCAAACUGAUAGUUUCUGACUACAGCCAGCUGCUCACGGCCUUUGAACAAGUAUAUGAGAACGAGCUGCAGAAGCAUUGUGAGCGUCCUGCUCCUCAGCUGAGUCCUUGUGGCCCCCUCUUCCAAGCUGUGCACCGCAAUCUGCUGUUGUGUAUGCAGGAGCUGCAAGGCCUGGCCCAGGUUACAGAAACCUCAGGAUGCAUUAUGGAGACGGUACGAUGGCGGCACGAGCAGAAGGUCUUCUGGGAUGGAAGCACCAUAGCCACGUUGCCCUCAAAGCUUGAAGAACUGCAGCAGAAAUACAAGGCCAUCCAUGCCACCCUAAAAGACACUCAGGGAUCCUGAAGAUGAAUGGACUGCAAAUUGUAGGCUAUUUCCAGAUGAAGGAAAAGUGUCCCUUCCUAGGAUGUAAAUAAGAGCCUGAGAAACAUUGUCAGUUUUUUCAAAUGUAAAUAUAUUUUCUGAAAUCUUCUUUGAAAAUUUAAAAAAUAAAGUCUGUCUCCUUAGGAUGAAUAUUCUCACUC